AUGUCGUCAAAGCAAAUGAAUAAGAGGCAUGUGGUAAGCCGAGAUGCAAAACCCCGUGGAAGAAAAUUAGUUUUUUGUGGAACCAAUAGAAGUCCUCUGAAUCGCAACAGCACAGAUGGUUAUCGAAAAGUGCAGAGGCGAAAGCGUUGGCAGAACUCGAGUCAGACACGCGAACCUGAACAUAUUAUUAAGAAAUGUAACAAACGGAAGGUGGUUGUUAUUGAAGACAGUGAUGACAUCAUGAAGAAAGUAAUGUCAGGAAUUGAAAGUAUUCGUAAAACUGUGGACACUAAUUCUCCGUCGAUGCCUCCAAGAAAACGCCGGGCUUCUCCUGAUUUGGGUCCACUUGCCGGGUGGCUUAGAGUUGAGGAUACCGUAAAAUCAUCAUCUAAGUUGCCUAAACGUCCAAGUGCUAAGUCUGCUCCCAAAACCGACGAGGACAGCGGGAAAAAUUAUAAAUACCGUUCCAUUCUAGUGAAGAACCGUGGAGCUAAGCCGUAUGAAAGACCAUCUGAUGGUCGUUCGACUAAAGGAUUAUCGCCAACUUCUCCGAGUCGACAAGAACCAACAACGUCUUCUCAUCCAACCCGCGAAUUAGAAGAUCCACUGCCAGUGAGUGUUGAGGAAACUGUUGAUACUCCCUCUGGUGAUACACCGCCAACGUCUGUUGUGACACAUGACAACGGAAUAACGAUGCCGUACGAGCAAUUUAAACAGCUACAUGAACAAAAUCAGCAACGGUAUUUCCACGAAUAUCAUAUACAACAGUCACUGCUAUGUCCACAGCAAUUACGUCAUCAAAUGGAGGCAUUGCGGUACGAAUAUAUUCGUGACUCCAAAAACAACACGGCGCCUUUACAGAUUAUUCACGGUUCUCAGUGUUCUGUGUGUUCCGUGAUUGUCAAACAACGACCACAUCUUAUUGGAUGCCAUCCUUUGGACGCAAGUGUUGGUUAUCGUGAAGAAAAUUAUUUAAAACGUCGUCACUUAGAACUUGAAAGAAUAAAUCCAGAACGACAGAGAAGGCAAGAGGAGCCGCCCACCAAAACACUCGUCAACGGUAAAGGACAAAACAUCUUUAACGGAAGUCGCCUAAACUCACUGGUCGACACAGAAACUUACACCCAGGCAUUCAUUUCGAAGUCACGAGCUGAACAUGUAUUAUCACCUGAGUCACGUGACGUCACUUCCUGCCUUGAGAGAGAAACGUCUAACGACUUGUUCUGUGAUAAACAGUACAAGGAAAGGGUUCAAAGUUCAAGUUCUGCCAAUGUUGUCACAAAACACACCGUGAGUUCUGAAGGAGAAUCAGAAUGUGGAUACGACAAUCAAGAGGAUCCCGACGAACUGUUUCUCUAAAAUAACUCGUUUAUGG